GGUGUGCGGUUCCUUGUGUGUGUUAAAUUCAGGUUGAAAUUGCCGAUGUUAAUCCCACGGUAAGGAAUUGUCCGGAGGAAGGGGGAGAUGGUAAAAGGUGGGUUAAUUUAAAGGAGCAACUGGAGGAAAUUGUGACGUUAUUAUAGAUUUUAAAAGGUCAAACAGCUCGAUGGACAGAGAUAAACAAUGAUCAUGUUUCAGGACCUUUCAUUUACGUUCUACGGUAACAAAAAGUAGCAAAUUCAGGGUGACCAAGACCUUAAAGCCCGCAGUUCAGUGAUAUAAACAAAAUUUAUUAAUUUUGGAAACAAAAUAGUUAAUGUACGCAUUCGCUGAAAACCCUGUAAAUAAGUUGAAUUGGAUCGGCAUUCGCAUUGAAGGGCGAAUGCUUCACAUCCGGGUUUCAGUGUGUUUAAAGUAUUGUGAGAGUCGUUUUACUUCAAUACAUCUCUUCUGUAAACGGUUUGAGUUGGAUCGUCGCCCGAAACCAAUCAGACACCGCAAAACCAGCAUUUCUUGUCUGUGCAGUGAGUUCGAACUGGCCAGCAAACCGAACAGGAACGCAAUGGGCACGGUGUAAAACUCCAUAUUAAAAUGCCAGUUCCUUUUAAAAAUGCUAAAGUUUUCUCAAUAUAUCUGCUUGAGGCUUGAAACUAAUUACGUUGCUGCUAAAAGUUACAGUGAGUGAAGAUUUACUUUGUCUGCCGCUGUCUCCCAGUUACAUUGUGCAGAUUCAAGAAGGCGCCUUCUGCUUUUCAUAAUGUCAACAUCUUUCUUCCCUCGUGAUCUACUAAUUGUUAAUGGCCUUGCAAAAUAAUCACGCGACGCUUGUCAGUUGUGGUAGAUGUUUCCAUCAUUCCCGUCCAGCGGGAGUAAAGUUGGAUAAAAAUGGUACGACUCGUUUCCUCAUUGAGAUGAAAGGGGUUGUCUUGCAGGAGGAGUUGUUGGCUGACCUUCAUGCGUGAUCGCGGUGGGGGUGGGGGGUGGAAGCUUUGUGAUGUGGAUGGAACCUCGGCCAACCCCUGUCCACACCUGAAUGCUUUCCAGCUGUUGUCAUGGUGUGAUAUUCAGCGCUGCUGGGGAUCUUGCCCUGGGUUGUCCAAGUUUGCACGAUGAAAUCACAAACUGCGUUUCUGUAGAACCUAUAGCAUUACAAAGUUGUGAACCUGGCAAAAAUGUUCAAGAUUAAAGACUGUUCAGUGCCAUUUCCAAGUACACAAGUCUACAGGAAAACAAAGUAUUUGUUACUCAGAAUCUGUUACAACUCAAAGCAAAAGCCUUAAGACAAAGAACACAAUUUAACAAAAACACAAAUUAUGAAUGCAUAAGAUAGUCUGCCCAUAAGGUGUUGAGGCACAGGAGUGUCUGUACAUUUUGUAACUGGCAGGCAGUGAUGAAACAGGCUCUUCCAAACUCUUGAACUGCACUAGCUAGCAACCCUAGCCUAAUGCCUAAUCACGGGACAGUUUACAUUGACAAAUGACCGACUAACUGGUACGUUUUGGACUGUGGGGUGGGGGGGGGAACACCAGAGCACCUGAAUGAAACCCACACGCUCUCAGGAGAGAAUGUACAGACUUGCUUGUAAAGGAUGCUAGAAUUGUACUCUGAACUCCAACACCCUGAGCUGUUACUGCGCUGGGCUAACCACUACACAGGCAUGGUCCCCACGUGGUGGAUGGAGGUGUUGAUUGGAUCUUGCUACUUGGGGAAAGCAACUGUUUUUGAGUCGGGUGAUCCUGGUAUGGAUGCUACAUAGCCCCCUCCCCUUGCGGGAGUGGGACAAACGGUCCAUGAGCAGUAUGGGUGGGACCCUCUAUGAUGUUACUGGCCCUUUUCCGGCACAUUUCUGGACAUGUGCUCUUGAUGGUGGAUGGGCUGGUACCUGCCAUGUGUUGGGCAGCUUUGAAGACCCAUUAAUGCUGUUGGACGUGAGGGAAUUUUGGGUAGGUGCCAAAGAAGAAUACAAAGGAGAUGGUGUUAAUGAUUGUUGUGAGGGAGAGAAUUGUGGGGUGCAGAGAGCAGGCUGCAGAAAGCUGGAAAAUGUACAGGUGGCAAGAAGUGGACAAGUAUAGAGAUCUUGUGGUCCUGUGACCUUCAUUUACCUCGUAAGCUCACUGUUGCAAUGAUAGUGCUCAUGGAAAGACGUUGUGGGUUUUAUCAUCUUAGUAAAACAUGAGGAGUAAAUCUGUGGUGUUACCUAAACGUUGUUUGAAAUUGGCUUUUCAUUGGAUUUUUCCCUACCAUUCAUAUAAUUUCACAUUUGUGAGGGGUCAUCAAAAAAAUGUGCUGUUUACAGAGCUUGCUGAUGUCUCCUCUUCUUCCUGCUCCUGUGAUUUUAUAAGAUCUAUAGAGACUGCUGGUUUGGCAAGCUGCCAGAUUAGGCUGUUAUAUCCUGCAGGUUUACAGUGAUGAAUGUUGAGAUGGCUGGGGAGAAGAUAAAGGCCAAUAUUAACAAGAUGCCCCUUUCAGGUGUUGUUAGGGAGCACUUGUUCAAGACUGGAAGGCUGAAACUUUCCCUAAAUGGCCUGUUGGGGAUCAGUUGUGGAGUUGUCCAAGAUGUAUAAAUCAGCCAGGAUCAUAUUACAUAGAAGGUUCAGAUCUGAGCUCAAUAACCAGCUCCUGUUCCCAGACCUUUUGUGUUCCUGUGUUUGUCUGAAAUAGGCUUGGGUCAGUCUCUUAGUUUAUUUGUUGAGCAGCUGAACCAGUCAGACUAAAUAAACUCCUGAUUUCAAACCAGAUGCUUGGGACAGCUGAUCCAGGCAGUGUGGUAUUUGACAUCACUUGGGUGGACUGCUGGCUGUGAAGGCAAGAGGUAGUCAUCUAUUGAUAUUGUACAGAUGCUGUUUUCCUUCUGCUUUGCUUUUAGCAAAUUUCUACAGACGUACCGUGUGGACCAUUCCAACUUGUUACGUCACCGCAUGCUAUGGCGGAACCAAUGCAUGGGAUUGGAAAAAGCUGCAGAGGGUUGCAAACUCAGCCAGCUGCAUGGGUGCUAGCCUCCCUACCAUUGAGGCUUUUUUAAAGGUGAUGCCUGAAAACGGCAGCAUCCAUCAGUGAGGACCCUCACCAUCCAGGACAUGCCCGCUUUUCAUCGCUACCAUCAGGGAGGAGAUGCAGAAGCCUGAAGUUUCUGCAAUGAAGAAUUUAAUAAGGAAAAUUUUUUGAACAAUGUUGAGUACGAUUUGAUGACAAAAAAGAGAAAGGAUCUUUUGAAUAAUAAUACGAAAAUCCAAUAUUUUCACCAUGAUACUUGGAUCUCAGUUCACAAAGGAAGCACAAAGGAGCGCCACGGAUAUUGCACCCUGGGUGAGGCCUUUAACCGCCUGGACUUCUCCAGUGCUAUUCGAGAUACACGAAGAUUCAAUUAUGUUGUCCGGUUGCUGGAGCUCAUUGCGAAAUCCCAGCUCACGUCCCUCAGUGGGAUUGCCCAGAAAAACUACAUGAACAUUCUGGAGAAAGUUGUGCAGAAAGUGAUAGAAGACCAACGUGAUAUCCGGCUAAUUAAGGAGCUGCUCAAUAGUCUGUACGCUACCAUUUGUGCACUGGUCAAAGGCGUAGGGAAGUGUGUCCUGGUAGGAAAUAUAAACACCUGGGUCUACAGAAUGGAGGUCAUUCUUCACUGGCAGCAGCAGCUGAACAACAUGCGGAUCAUCAGGCCUCUGAAUACAGGAGUGACCCUCACAGACCUCCCCAUGUGCCUGCAAUUGAACAUCAUGGAGAGGUUGUCUGAUGGGCGAGAUAUUGUCAACCUUGGUCAGGUGUCGCCUACCUUGCAAGUCCUGAGUGAGGACAGGCUUCUGUGGAAGAAACUAUGCCAAUACCACUUCACAGAGCGCCAGAUUCGCAAACGCCUCAUUUUAUCUGAGAAGGGGCACUUGGACUGGAAGAAGAUGUACUUUAAACUUGGGAGGUGCUACCCAAAGAAAGAACAAUAUGGGGACACACUCCAGUUCUGCAGACAUUGCCACAUCCUCUUUUGGAAGGAUACGAAUCAUCCUUGCACGGCCAAUGACCCUGAUGGUUCUUACACUUCUAUUUCACCCCUUGAAUUCAUCAGCCUGUUCAAGUUCUGAACUUGAGAAAAUUCCAGAAGGUUUCAAGUCUGGAAGGGAUUCUUGCUGUGCCUUGAGAACUGAGAUACCAAUUUUGUAUACUUUGCUUUUACCAAUGUAAAUACUGUACAAUAAUAUUUAUACUUUCCUUUUUACACUGAAUCUGUAAUAGAAGUGGUUUAAGUUUAUAUAUAUAUAUAUAUCACAAUAAAAUUAUGGUGUGUAAAUAUUGCUUGAGGUAAUUCUGGGAGUAGAAAUUUACUGAGGCACUAUCUCGAGGAGAGUCAAGAUGCCAGAUAGGAAGCAGUUGCUCCUAAAAUGGGACUGAUGUGCAUUGUGGUGGCAGUGUAUAGGAAGAGUCCCCAUGUACAGUUUUUGGUUAAUCGUGCAAACUGCUAAUAGUAUGUUUCUGCCAUAGCAGAAACAUCCUUUUGCAUUGAUUUGUCGAUUUUUUUUUUUUAUGCACAUGUUCCAUAGCAUGGAUUAGGUUAGUUC